AUGGCAGAAGCACGACAAGAUGAAGACGGACCUCCUUAUCCAACAUUCAUUGAGCGCAGAAUUGAGAACAACAAAGCUCCAAGAUUCACGCAAGCGUUCGAACGUUUGAUCUGGCCAAUCCGAGGCGAGUUCCCGUCCGCCAUUUCGGUCAUGACAGAGCCUCACCGAAACACUGGCACUCCGCGACCAUUAUUCAAUCCAGAGACUGGAGAGUGGCAUGAAAUCGCCUCGCAAUCGAUUACGGAUACAAAAGUCUCGUAUCUCGAAGCAUCCCUCGUGAACCUGGACUUUUGGGAUCGUAAAUGGGAGCGUUUUCACAUGGAACAUGCCGACCCAGCGUACGAAGAGUGCGAGUUUGUUACCUAUGGCGAUCUCGACAAUGACGUACGCCCUUUCGCAGAAGAACCUGAGCGGGAAGAUGGCACGUGGAGUUGGGAUGAGCUCUCAGACACAGAGAUCCUUGUCCAUUGCUGCGAUGAGGACCGCCCACUAGGUAAAACAGGCCUUACGCUCGGGGUCCGUCCUUCGCCUGGGAACGACUUCGUGACGGUCAAAGACUACGUCGGCGGUAAGUGCUCGCAUUGGUGUAGUUAUAGGCGAGCUUGA